CUAUUCCUCCCCUCCUCCUUCACCCAGUUUCGAACGGUUUUGAUAUCGUUCUCGAAGAGGCAUGUAGUGGAGCGACCACGCGCGUUCUACGUACUCUACCGUCUGUUCGGCUGCCAUGUAUCUGAGCGGAUUUUUGCACGAAAAGCAGCCGGAAGCGAAUCACGAAGAUCCUUGAAAGAAGCGGAAAUAUUUUUCCUCACGAAACAGGCAGUGUGUGCAUCUUCCAAGUUUCCCGCUCGAUGCAGACCAACACUGUCGUCUGCUAGGGAAUUCCUCGUCUGCUACAGCUGCCGUCUGCAUCGUUUUUGCUUUCUUCGGUGGGACUGCAGAGCUCUGCCUGGAAUCGGAGUGUUUUGACCCAAGCGACGAGCUACAGGCUCCGCAAGUACAAGAUGACGUCGGUUGUCAAGGAACAGAACAACAACCAGCAGAGCAACAGCAAUAAACUUACCAUCAAUGGAAGCAAGACCGAGAAAGUAAAGCAAGAGGGCUCGGUAAAGAUGACGUUGGUGAUACAGAAAUACGAGGCGCCACCUGGAUCUGAGAAGCAACACGUGGUUCCUCUGGAAGACCUCGAACGCUACGUGGCUUCCAUGAAAGAAUCGGGAGGAUUUCAAGAGCAGUUGUCGACCCUAAAAACUGGGCAACUCAAACCAUGGACGGUGGGCCAAAAACAGGAAAAUAAAAAUAAGAACAGAUAUUCGGACCUUCUGCCUUACGAUGACACACGGGUGAUUUUGCAUCCGUUCAAGAAUGAUCCCCAUUCUGACUACAUCAAUGCAAACUACAUCAGCGGAUACGACAGACCGAAGGCCUACAUCUGUACUCAAGGUCCCGUCGAAAAGACAGUAGCUGACUUCUGGCGUCUCAUUUGGCAAGAAGAAAUUACCAAGUUCAUCAUGGCAGCAAACUUAAUCGAAGAUGGAAAGGCGCUCAAGAUAACCGACGUCUCUCGCAAGGUGGAACGCUAUUGGCCAGAAUCCUGUUGCAAGUACGGCGACAUCAUGGUCACCCUCAUCUCGGAGGAUGUCUUCGUAGACUACACUAUUCGAAGCUUCAAACUUCAUAAGUCUGGAGCAGCUGCAAAGCGGGUGGUGAAACAGUUUCAUUUCACGGCCUGGCCCGAUCACGGGGUGCCGGCUUACCCGUUCUCUCUGAUGGAAGUCUUGGACUUGGCGAAGGCUACCGCUCCUUCUAGCAAGGCGCCGCUUUUGUUGCAUUGCAGUGCUGGCGUCGGACGUACUGGUACGAUCGUCCUCUUGGACAUGGCACUGGCGAUGGCGAAUGCCGAAAAACGGGUUGACGUCAUGGGUCUGCUCUACAAGCUUCGCCAGCAGAGAGUCAAUCUUGUCGAAACUCUGGAACAGUACCAAUUCGUUCACGAAGCUUUAUUGGACCGUCUGUUUGCCGAGCCCACCAGAAAGCACCAGGAGCUGAUCAUUCCAUACUUCAAUCGUAUUCGCCAAGAAAAACCGGACUGCAAGAAAACCGACCUCGAACUUCAGUAUGAUAAACUGAAGCAACUAUCCCCACCGCUAUCUCAAGAGCUCUGCAAAUUCGCUCUUACACCUGACAACCGGCUCAAGAAUCGAUCCAUCGAAAUCUUACCAGACGAUACUGGUCGACCGGUUCUGGGCGCUGGAGCCUCAUCCAUCUACAUAAAUGCGGUUUACGCUAACGGAUACGCAAAGAGAAAACAAUACAUCGCCACGCAGUACCCUCUUCUAAUCACCGUCGAAGACUUCUGGCAGCUGGUUUACGACUCUGGCUCCCAAACGAUCGUCUUGCUCAAUGACAUUGAACCAAAAGAUGACUCAUGUCCGCAGUUCUGGCCACAGACCGGCUGCAUGCACCAUAGACACCUGCGGAUAGACCACGUGUCUAAUGACUCUACAAGCGGCGUCUUGCUAAGAAAAUUCAAAGUAAAGAACACAGCCAAGUCUCCAAAGUCCCGUAUCGUGAAGCUGUUCCAGCUACAGGGGUGGCACAAGGGAGAACUGUCCCCUCCGUCCGUGGAACUGCUGCUCAAGCUCCUGGGCAAAGUGGAGCACUGGCAGAACAAGACUUCGAAAACGCCUACUAUAGUGUCUUGCUUUAACGGUGCCACGGCGUGUGGCCUCUUCUGCGCGGCGUCCUUCCUGUCCGACCAGCUGAAAGCGGAGCGCAAGGUGGAUAUACUUAUGGCCGCGAGGACUGUGAGGGAACACAGACCUACCUUUAUUCCACAUCUGACCCAGUACAAAUGGCUGUACGAGAUAGCGUGCGCCCUGGUUGAAGCCAAGCAAGGCCACAACCGUCGAAGCCAAAGGAAAUGAAGCCCACGAGACAUUCCUUGAUCUGUAACUAUAUGUGCUAUAUGACCUGUACGGCAAGAUCCAUGACCCGCAGGCGCAGGUUAUUCAACUUGUGCCUGUGACAUCAUGGACUUUUCAGGCCAUCAUCAUUGUUCCAUCAAGUUGUGUGUCACGAUAACUAGCCCACUGUAUAAUUAUAGCCCAUCGUACAGUUCUCCUGGGCCAUGGCAAAGAACGGACGAUACAGCCGAGAACUGACGUAACUUCUGCGACUGACUGCGAUUGGGCGGAUGUAUAUUUGUAUCACACGUUGUGUACUUUAAGUAUCCAUAACUAUGCACGGAACAUGUGUGUGUAUCGAGGCGGCAGGGAUCUGCAUUUUAGUACGGUAAAUACGCGGAUGAAGUCUGAGGUUCGAGAUCUUUCGAAAAGUACCACGACACGUACGCGUACAGCAGUAUCGAGGAAUCGCCCGCGUUUAAUAUGUUACACGCCCAAAUAGACGCGCACGCCUGGGCAGCUAACCUGUUCCAGUUAACUGUGGUCAUGAGUGUACACUGAUGUUCCAUUCUCGAAUUUUUAUCGUCAUUGUCAUCGAUAUCACCGACACACGUCGCCAUUUUGAUGCAUUUAAGACCCCAUCAUGUUAGUCUUUUGCCUUGCUAAGAGUUAUGCAAGCGCUGUUCGACGUCACGUAUGUGUCAGCCAUCUUGUGUUGCGCAAUCAAAGCACAAGUUAUCUCAUUCCGCCCCGACGUUAGCGACAUAUAGUGACGAUAGCAGCAAGCUUAUUGCCUUAUCUUCUGCUAAUGAGUGUUUCAUUGCCCACGUAGAAUGCCCUUGCGCGAUGCCUCAUCACGAAUCAUCCCAGGACGCUAGCUGUUUCGUUUUUCAAAGUCCGCGCUGCGCUCCGCCAGACGGCGUUUGUGGAGAAGAAAUUUUUAGAGUAUAUUUGUAGAUAGAACGUACACUAUUAGAGUAUCGAUAUAGCUGCCAUAGAAAGUUGUACAGGGUGUUACCCUAUAAAAGUCUACCCGCGCCGGCAUGCCGUGCUCGCCAAUUACUCAAUGCGGGCGGUACAAUAUGUUACCUACGUAUAAAACUCAUAAGGACAUUUCAUCAUGGUAAAUAUCGAAGUGAUUGAGCACCGUAAAGCGAAGUUAUAGCACAAAACGUGAGGUUCCCGUAGUCAAAACAGCCAAGAUGGCGCCUCUCAGUUAGCAGACGACAUCUGUUUUGGGUGUCGUCUGCUGAGUAUGCGUAGUCAUUUUUCGUUCCUCACGUUGCUUACUUCUGAGCAAAAUACGACAGUUACACGAAAGCGAAAUGAAAACUGCAGUUCCAUCCACCUGACAGGAUAUGCGACACGUUGUCGUGUGGGAAGCAGCAUGUCAAGUGCCCUUCUCAGCGCCGCCAUCUUGUUUGUUUUGACUGUGGGAAUUGCACGUUUUGAGUUAUAACUUCGUGCUGCGGCACUCAAUCACUUUGAAAUUUACCAAGAUUAAAUGUCAUUAUGAGCUUUAUAUAAAGAUCGCACAAUUUGCCACCUGCAUUGAGUAAUUGGCGAAUACGGCAUGGCGGCACGGGUAGACUUUUAUAGGGUAACACCCUGUAUAUUGUGACUAUUAUCCUGUCGAAUGUAUGUGAAGCAAUACUCUGGAUGCGUUAGACCCUAACUGCAGACGCUUAGGUCAUAUAAAGACUCCUCCAUCUUUUCUGAUGCCGUCCCAAACGAUGAUUGGUUGCCUUUGGAGCCAUCAUGCAACCCCAUCGCCACACGUCAUGACUUUUCAGCCAAUCGGGAUGGUGUCCAACAAUUGUGGCAGAACUGUGUCACAUUUUUUUUUCACAGCCUGCAUGUGAUUUUUUGUUGUACAUUUUGUAACCUCUACUUUAUUUUGUUGUACAGGCAAAACAUCAUCUAUUUUACGCACUUUUUUUUUCUUUCUUUCGUGUGCAGUAGUGAGUGACAAUAGCUACAACAGUCACACCGUGGUAGUUCGGUUUUUAGUGCUAUACGGCAGUCACGUAGGUUCUAGGAAUAUUGUUGGACACGAGAUAGUUUCGCACGCACAAAGGACUGUGUAAAUAGUGUAGACCAUAGUUGAUCCAAAGUUAUUUAGUCGAUAUAGUAAGUGGGACUGUGUGCUUGAACUUUAUUCAAAGUUAGCUCCACCUUAUACAAAAAAGGAAGUAGCGGAAGACACCCUCUUUACACGAGCACAAUUUUCAAUGUUGCUUACGGUUUUCUUCAUUGUGAUAUAUACUUGCAUUUAUAGGCACGCAAUAAAGGUAAAAAUUUUGCUCUUGUAUAUUGCUGACUAUGAAAUAUGUUCGGAGAUAAAAUUCGCAGUUGUUUCUGCGCAGAACUGUCCUUGAGUUGAGUAUGUUCUUGUGAGUGUUCUUGACUGUCCCUGUGCAAGAGUCACGGAAAGUUUCGUUUCAUUAACUGCGUUAAUUCGGGUGAUUGUAUUUCGGGUAGGACUGGCAACCCCAUAAUGGGACUGCGCAGUAAUUUUUUAUACCUUUCGGCACGUUUAAGGGUUGAAACACCCCUGUUUUAACUUCACAGGCUUCAGGUUUCCUGAAAGUUCAGGUAACCGUGCUUCUGAAACACUGUUCCAGAUCGUACCCCCCGAAAUGGAGUCUUCUGUAGAAUAUACCUGUUGAAGUCGUGCAACUUGCUAGAUGCACGCAAGCCUAUACCCUAAAACCCUCCCUAAAACCCUCCCUAAAACCACCCAUAACUAGACUUAUACUAAGGCCCGGUUUUACCAGCGCCGAUUAACAUCUGAACCGAGAUCGACGGUCACUUAGCUUGAAUUUGACGCUCGCUUCUGCUUCACUAUAUAAAGGGAGUUUGUGUCAUUGAAACAUUCAUCACGUCGCAAACUAAAGUUUGUAAAAAAAGCGUUGAGUGUUGGGUUCAGGUUUUAGCAACCCUUAAUCACGGUUCAAAGUUAACCGGCGUUGGUGAAACCGGGCCUAAUACCCUAUAUAGUUACACAGCGCUCUCAACCACGGUUGAGUCGACCACAGUUGAACUCAACGGCGGUUGAGAGUGUUACACUGCAGCGCCAACCAUGGUUGACACGUGAACCCCUAACAAAGA